AAAAUUGACCAAAGAUUGACGACAGCAUACAACCCAGCUAGCAAUGGAGAAACAGAAAGAUUUAAUCGUACAUUGACAUCAAUGUUACGAAAAGAAUUAAAAGAUGGAGAGCAUUCCAACUGGGAAGAUAUGUUGGAUGAUGUUUUAUUUGCAUACCGUAGUUCUACGCAUUCUUCGACACUUGAAACCCCUUAUUAUUUAGUGCACGGUAGAGAUCCCAAUAUUCCUGUAAAUGAAUUUUUAGAUGCUUCCCCUUCAACCUUUAAAUCUGCUUCUGAUUACGUAGGAAAUUUAACUGAUCGCUUGCGUUAUAGCUUCCAACGAGUUCGCGAAGAAACCGAGAAAGCGCGGAAUCGUCAACGCGAACAAUAUAACAAGCGAGCAAAAGAAAAGAAAUAUGUUGUAGGCGAUAGAGUCUUAUUAGAUAUUCGUGUAGUUAAGGAUGGAGAUAGUAGGAAGUUUACGUCAAAAUAUAAAGGCCCUUAUAGAGUAGUAAAAGUUUAUAAUAAUAGUACUGUUGAUAUAGCUGAUAAUUCUUAUAAAUGUCAACGUACGCAUGUAAAUCGUUUAAAACCACUGUACGAGACAAUGCUGUGGAAAACAGAACUUUGUCCCCCAAUUGAGAACCCCUCUGAUUUUGAAAACCGAUUUCGUAAGUCGAUAGCGACUCAAACCCAAGAACAUGACAUUGCCGUGGAAAAUCAGGAUCACGAGAAAAAAAUGGCAAGUGACAGCCCCGAAAACGACAUCGCACAAACAAGUGAUCUUUUGGCAGAUGCAAAUUGUUCACAACAACAAGAUGACGUCGUCAACGUACAUCGACCUUCGUCAGAAAAUAAUACUUCCAACACAGACGAGUCUGACGACGAAACAACAUCAAUUCAAAAUGACGCAAUUAACAAAGAUGACUCCGCACGCGCUGAAGUUAAGGCAGAUGAUCGUCCAUCAGAGCCCAAAGAAGAUUUUUCAGCUGAAAAACCAGAACAACUUCAUGUUAACAGACGCCCGCAACGCAAUCGACAAAAACCUCUGCGUUAUCGAGAUGGAGUCCAAUAA